AGGACGCUCGCUCGGUGCAACACUCGUUCCCCCCCUCCGGUCUUUCUUGGCUGCCAAGCAAGCUCCUGUGGGUUCUUUUUCCAGUUAUAGGGGAGGGAGGAGCGGGGGGUUUUGACUCUUUGAGUUCGGCUUAUGAUCGUUCUCCGACGAGGAGCACGCGGGAGCGUCGAACUAUGAGCUGCAACGGUUGCCGAGUUCUGCGGAAGGGGUGCAGUGAUACCUGCAUCCUCCGGCCGUGCCUUCAGUGGAUUGAGACGCCCGAGGCGCAGGGCCAUGCUACCGUCUUCGUCGCGAAGUUUUUCGGCCGGGCCGGACUUAUGUCCUUCAUCUCCAACGUGCCGGAGACCCAGAGGCCAGCGUUGUUCCAGUCUCUCCUCUAUGAGGCGGCUGGCCGCACGGUGAAUCCGGUGAACGGAGCGGUGGGGCUUCUGUGGAGCGGGAAUUGGCAUCUCUGUCAGGCGGCUGUGGAGGCGGUGCUGCGCGGCGGAGCAGUCAAACCGUUGCCGGAGAUUCCGCUAGGUUUUCCCGUGAAUCUCCGGAGUUCUGCGGUCGAUGACGUCUCGGAGGCCUCCAUCUCGCCCAGCAUGCGUCGAAACGCUCCAGUUAGAGUCGCGGAGGAGGAGGAGCAUCUCUGGAGACGAAGCGAAGGGCUCGAUCUGUGCUUAAAUUCUUAUUAUCCGUCGAACAUGCGGGCGGAGAAGCGGCGGGCUCUGAGUCCCUCCCUGAAUUCCGAGGGAUCCGUCACGAGCCAGGAGAGCGACAACCAGCUGCUCGUCCCCGGCAGGAAAAUUCUCAAUCUCUUUGUGUAAUGCUGCCGACGGUCUCUCUUCUUUCUUCUCCUUUUUUGUCUCUCCUUUGCGUGAUCUGCUGGAGCUUAUCUCUCAUCGGAACUCCGGCGAGUUUUUUUUGGUCUAGAGUGCGCGGGAAAUGUCUGUCCGGCAGAGGAUCUCCGGUUGCCGAAGAGAUGAAUCCGCCGGAUUUUUCUCCUUUCUCCCUUUCUGUUAUCUGGAGGCUUUUACAAGAGAAUAAUUAAUUUAAAUCGUCGGCUCUCUCAUGCGUGGGGAGCCUUCUUAGUUCA